UUUUCACUGUAUGGGGCGGGCCUUGGUGGAUGAUGGAUACGUCUGCUUUGCGCCCUAGCCAAAUCUUCGGUGUGGACUGUAGUUGAGAUUUUUGGAGGCUGAGGUAGUGGGACAUUCGCUAUUUUUUGGAGGAGAACAGAGCGCGAGUCCACAUUUGGGAAAGUCUCGUCAUACGCAUCGUUGGAGAAUAACAACAGGUUGAUUUGUCACCAUGACAACAGAAGCGGGCUCUGAGACGGAGGUGAAGGAGAAAGCUGAGGAGUCAGCCGCUGAGCCCGACCAAUCGGAGAAGGCCACGGAAGAUUCCCAGGAAGUAGCAAACGCUGAAGUAGAGGAGAAGGAAAGAGCAAAGGUGAAGGAAAAAGAGGGGAAGGAAGGCAAAGGAAUAUCUCGAUACCUGCCAACAUGGCUUAAGAAGCAGAAGUCUCAAAGCCAGACCUCCCCAACGAAGGAGGACUCCCCUACAGAGGAACCUGUUAGCGAGGUGACACAGGAAGAGGAAGGGCCUGCCCCAGAAGUGAACGGUCACGCUGAGGAAGUAGAGGAGAAGGAGGAAGUCAAGUCUGAGCAAGUGAAGGAAAAAGAAGCAGAAACUCAUUCCAACGCCAGUGCAGACACUGAGCCUGCCAAGGAAGAGAAGGUGGAAGAGAGUGCCGAGAAAAGUCCAGAAGAGACCAAGGAGACAACAGAGGGAGAAGGAGCCGAGGAGGAGACGAAGGAGAAGGAGGGAGCAGUGGAGGCUGAAGGGGAGGCAGGAGAAGGCCAGACCUCCAUUUUCCAGUCUCCUCUUCGUCUGGUGAGAAAGAACAAGAUGAAGUUGGUGGUGUGUCACGUGACCCUGCUGGAUGGGACUGACUUCACCUGCGAGGUGGAGAAACGUGCCAAGGGUCAGUACUUAUUCUUUAAGGUGUGUGAGCACCUUAAUCUACUGGAAAAAGACUACUUUGGCCUGACAUACAAGGAUAACCAUGACCAGAAGUGUUGGUUGGACCCCACUAAAGAAAUUAAAAGACAGAUACGCAGUAACAACUGGCAGUUUGCAUUCAACGUCAAGUUCUACCCUCCUGACCCAUCCCUCCUCACUGAAGACAUUACAAGGUACCUUUUGUGUCUGCAGCUCCGUGAAGAUGUGGCUUCUGGACGGCUGCCUUGCUCAUUUGUAACUCACGCUCUGCUGGGCUCAUACACGUUACAGGCAGAAAUUGGCGAUUAUGAACCUGACCAGCCUCGCCCUCUGGACUUCAUUAGUCAGUUGACCUUCGCACCAAAUCAGAACAAAGAAAUGGAGGAGAAGAUUCUUGAGCUCUACAGGUCCCACAGGUCAGUUAGGAAAGUAGAAAGAGAUGCGCAAUUUUUAUGGCAUACCAAAGAUGUGGGAAUUCAGGGAGUUGAUCUAUUUCUGUCCUGUGAUUCCGAGGGUGUGGACAUCAUGCUUGGUGUGUGUGCCAACGGACUCUUAGUCUAUAAAGACAGGCUUCGGAUAAAUCGCUUUGCUUGGCCCAAAAUACUCAAGAUUUCAUACAAGAGGAACAACUUCUACAUUAAAAUCAGACCAGGAGAGACGGAGCAGUUUGAGAGUACAGUGGGAUUCAAACUCGAGAAUCACCGAGCUGCCAAAAGGCUGUGGAAAGUCUGUGUGGAGAAUCACAGUUUCUUCAGGUUAAAUGCACCAGAGCCUCCUACCAAGGCCCGCUUUUUGACUCUGGGCUCAAAGUUUCGUUACAGCGGGCGAACUCAGGCCCAAACCCGCAUGGCCAGUUCCCUCAUAGACCGACCGGCGCCCAGCUUUGAACGCACAUCAUCAAAACGCAUCAGCCGCAGUUUGGAUGGAGCACCAAUGAUCAGCAUAACUGAGGCUGGCAGGGAAUCAGCUGAGAACGGACGCGAGCCUCACCUGGAGCUCCACUCUGACUCAAAGGUUACGGUGGUGGACGUAAGCCCUGGCGAUGCAGAGGCCAUGCCCUCCCAGCACUCACCUGGAUCCAGUGAACUUGGCCCCCCUCAGGACCAUGAUAAGACCCAAGAAGAGGUUCUGAAACACCAAGCUAGCAUUAGCCAGCUAAAACGCUCCUUUAUGGAAGCUCCACCUCCCUCUCCUCCUCAGCCCAACCAGUGGGAGAAACGGCUCACCUCCUCUCCUGCUACGAUACGUUUGCAACAGCAACAAGUGAGUCUUGCAGAGGAGAUAGCAUCAGUUCUUUUCAGUAGACACACUGACAUUGGACUUGAUUCAACUGCUAAGGCUGCCUGCAUUUUUCCUGAACCACCACUAGAUGCUGUUAAAACUACAAGUUCAGCUGCUUCUUCUUCUUCCGCUGCUGUCUGCAGUUUUUCUGCACCACAAAGGCCUCUUGCAACCCUAUCUACUGCCCUCUCUGCCACUGAGGUCAGUGUGCCCCAAACAGAAGCAGCAACAGCUGAUAACACGAUCUCUGAUACCAAAGAACCCGCAAAGACAACCGAGGUUGAAAUCGAGGAAACUGUUGUCGUCCAAGAGAUUUCCAGAGCUCCCAAACCUGGACUUGUCACGGUUGCAGCCAGUACCCCCGCUGCUCCUUCUGCGGAGCAGGAAAUGAGGGAACAGGAAGUGAAAGUUCAAGAGGAAGCGGUGGUAGUUGAGGAAGCAAAGCCGAGGAAGGAAGAGAGCAUUUCAUCUGAGAGCGAGAGUGAAGAAGAAGCAGAGUACCAUCCAUAUCUCCCUGUGUCCAUCUCUCACACACAAAUACCUGAGGAGAAGGAAGAGGAAGAAGAUCAGGAGAAGCAAGAGGAAGAUAAGACGCCAGAGCUGCAGGUGUUGGCUUCAGAUGCUUCUUCUCUUCCAGCUGAAGUCAUCAAGCCUGCAGAAGAAACCCGUCGAGAAGAAGUGGAGUCCAGGAAGGAGGACGACACAGAGACAGAGAAGACAACGAAUGCCGAGGAAGAGAAAGAAGUUGAGCGUGAGACUGAGGAGAGCACAGAUGAUCCGAUGGUGACGCCCGAUGAAGCUCCUAACGGCCUCACCCUGCCUGAGGAGGGUGUGACUGUAAUGGAUGCUCGUGCAGAAGAAGAGGAGGAGCCUAAAAUGAAUGGAGAGCCCUCGCUCACUGAAGCAGAUCCGCUGCCACAGGUUAUUUGUUGCUCUGAGCCGCCUGUGGUAAAGACAGAAAUGGUGACUAUAUCAGACACGUUUGCAGCCCAGAAAACCGAGAUAGCCACUAAAGAAGUGCCCAUCGUACAUACGGAAACCAAGACCAUCACAUACGAGGCUGCGCAGUUGGAUGGUAAUGGUGAUGGUGAGCCUGGAGUGUUGAUGACUGCUCAGACAAUCACCUCUGAAUCUUUGUGUACUACAACAACCACACAUAUUACCAAGACGCUAAAGGGCGGUCUGUCAGAGACGAGGAUUGAAAAACGCAUCGUCAUUACUGGAGACUGUGACAUCGACCACGACCAGGCACUGGCCCAGGCCAUUAAGGAGGCCAAAGAGCAACAUCCUGACAUGUCUGUUACCAGAGUGGUGGUUCAUAAAGAAACUGAGCUGGCUGAGGAGGAUUGACUGAACUCAGAGCUGAAGGGCCCGUCGUGACUGUUUUUUCUCUGUCGAACGACCUUCAUCACCCACGACGAUCGGCCUUGACUGACGGGAGAGGAGGAGAAGAAGAGUAGCUUAAAGAACAGGGAGAGAAGGGUUUGACAAAUGGACCGAAGUUGCCACUCUCUUCCUUUCUUAUUGUCUGUGGUGCGAUCUAAAUCCCUCACUGCAAAACCAAGAAAAAUAAAAAAAAAAUCUCUCAUUGUUUCUGAGGGAACAAAAAGAACCACUUUGUUAGCAUAACAAUUGUAGCUUUUUAUUAUUUUUUUAGUUGUGCUUUUUCUGUAACUGUUUUAUAAACAGAUGAUAGCAUGUUUGUCUUCUAUCACAAAGAUGAAACUAGGGAUGCACUGAUAACCAAUCUGGAUGAAACUGUAUCCUUGCAUUGAUUAUUUUGUACCAGUACUGAUGACCUUCAGCUAAAGUUUCUUACAAAAACAGCACGCUGAGAUGCUCAAGUAGAGAAAGCUUUUUAUCAUAACAGUGAGGUUAUGCACCUGUACUUGGGUUCCGGUGCGUUGGCAUAGAAAGGUAACUUGUUAAAUUACAGCUCCCCCUCUUGCUUCAUGGUGAUGUAAAUGGAGAGUAAUAUAAUAGUUUAUAAGGAACAUGAAGGAAGGGUGUCACAACUUGGUCUGCUCUUUUGUUUUUUAAAAUUAGUAUAACACACUCACUCCCACAUAUUCACAGGUGAAUGGUAGAAACGUUGCACCUCACAUUAUCACUUCUACUUCUUGAUCAUUAGAGAAGAGUGGGAGCUGUAACUUCAACAUCUGCAGGAGAGUCAUCCAGGUCUUUUGGUUCUGUUAUUUCUUUUUUUUCCCUGUAUAGUUAUUAUUCAUCCACAUUCCUUGUGUGUGACUAGCAGCCGAGUGAGUGCAUUUUCAGUUCAAUUCACUUUUUUUUGCUAAACUGGAAGAAGAGACGGGUUUUGAACAUUUUAAAUAGGCGAGCUUCAGCAGCAGUUCGAAAAUGUAGGUGGAAUAAAUUCCAUCAAUUUUACAGUUUUAAAUUUUUUUUAAGCUAAACUGAAGGUGGAUUUGAACUGAAAAUGACAACUUCUGCACAGUAAAAAUGAAGGUUAUCAAUGGGAGCAGCUUUUCACUCCCCAGGCUCGUCCACUGUACGAUACUAACCAUUCCCGCUGGGCCUGAGGGGGAGCGAGGGAGACAUAAACUGACUUUGGAUUGGGAAACUGGAGCUGUAAAGUAAAGGAUAAUUGGGAGAUUGCCUGAUAAGUACCAGGGAAUAAAAGAGAAUUUGAAUAAUAAUGCAUGUUUUCUUGCAUCCCACAGUGAAGUAUUUUAAUAUUCUGAAGGCUUAAUGCAUAAUGCAAAAUUAAUACUGCUAUUUAAAUUAUUCAGAAUGAGUUUUGCGCUCCAACUAGCACAGGUACCAAAAUGAGGACGACUUGAAAGCAGCUCAGACUCAAAUUAAUGCAGCCUGCUAACUCUGCCAAGGAGCCCGUUUGCUGCCGUAGUUUAGCUCAGUUCAUCGCCGGCUUCUUUUCAUACCUGCUUGAUAUGAUAGAGUAUGGGAUUAAAUUCAGCAUGUCUUCACGCAGUUUAAUCUUCCAGGAGUCUCGAGUGAGUCUAGGUAGGACGCUACCACGUCAAUUGGUUUGAGAGCGUGUGGACUAUCUCUGCUCGUACAGCGCGUCGGGCUGCUUUGUAACUGUUUCACUGCAGCUAAACGUUUCUCUGCAUGUCUUUUUUGUUUUUAUUUUGGUUACAUUUCAUUCAGCCGAUUUCCACGUUGUUCGCCACAAAAAAACGCAACGCUCUGAAUCUGUCACCGCACUUCAAACUGAGACAAAAAAAGCAAAAGUUACAACGCACCAGCCAAAAUGCAGCUUAAAGGGAAGUGUAUCAGAGGGUUUGAAGUGCUCUUGACACCCCCUAAAUGGAAACUCAUUAUGUUUUAUUCAUUUUUUGUCCUUUUACUCUGCAAAAAAACAAAAAAAGAAAGUGAACUAAAUUGUAGCUUUGUGUAAAUAUUGGGGGCAUUAAAUGUGCUAGGCGCUUGGUCUCGUGCAUUCACUUUGACGCGCAUUUUUAGCAUAAGCAGCAAAAAAGGCAAAGUCAUGUUCUCCUGAAAUUUAGCUGAUUGUAAGUGAAGAAGUGCCACUGAUUUAGUAUAAUAAACAUUCCACCUUAGACUGGUCUGGAUUAAUCUACGUCUCCCUCUUUGACUGGACGUGUUUUAAACGGGAGACAAAAGGAUAUUUUAUUUCAUUUUUAGAAAUAAAAAAGGAAGAAAAAACUGCUAAUCAGCUUUUUAACCUGAUGAGUAAUCACUGCCCAAUUUGACCCAUUUUAAAACUUUUGUAGUUAAGCGUGCUCAUCAAACUGAGAGCUGAAGCUUUUUUAAAAUCAGGAAACGCAGGUCUGAGCUCUACUAUGCAGUUAAAUGACAUUCCACGAGGGGGAAGCUUUAACCUCGAACCCUCUUGUAAAGAGACAAAGCAGCAGAAAAGCAUUUUUUUUUCUUUAUAAAAAUGUAAACCGUGCAACACUAGGCAGCUUUGGAAGCUUUUGAUGUUCCAAAAAACAAACAAACAGAAAAAAAGCCUUUGGUAAUAUCACAGUGACCACAUUUGUAGAUUUUUCUUUUUCAUAAUUUCUCAUCUUUUCUCUGUGAUCUAGUUGUUUAAAGGUGGGAUUUCUUGUUCCCCCUCCAUCUUGCAUAUUUGUAAAAUUGUUGCAGUGUCGUUGUUUUUUUUUUGAAAACCACUACAAAUGGAAAUUUCUGCCACUGUUUUCCUUUUUGUACGUUUAGCCCCAAGCUUUAACCGCUUUUCCGGGUUCUUCUGGGCUCUCUUAACCAAUCACAUGAGCUUUGAGGCUGCGGAAUCGGAUUUUCCCAAAUGUGUCACGUUACGUUAGGUUACACCAAGAAAAGUUUUACCAACCUCUACGCCUGUGAAGCCACAUCAGAGAACGUUAAAUCCACACGGUGUCAUAGCAGGUUAUAAUUGGAGGAUCCUCUGAACACUUAAAUCUCAGGCUUUGUUUCACACUCUGGAGAAACGGGAAACCAGCACAGUUUUUAUAUUUUAUUAAUAAAAUAAAACUCACACAAACAAAGGAAACUUUACAGAAACUCAUUUUGGAAAACCUACCAGCUGCCUCAUUGCUCUCUGUUAGCUAACCAGUGAUCACCAGUAGGGUUUUUUCUGUCUAGCAGCUUAAAUGUCUUGUAUCUCCCCCCACACAGCCACUCCUCCCCCCCCUGUGUAACACUGUUUAAAUAAAGGAUUGUUAUACUCGCU